CAGCGCGUCCCGUCCCGGAGCAGUCCCGCCGCAGGCCGCAGGGUGGUGCUCGUGGCCAAGGCGGCGGCGAGCGGCUGCGAGCGGGGAGGCGGCCGAGCCCAGCGCAGCGCAGCGCAGCGCAGCGCAGCCGGGAGGCGGCGGCGAGCGGUCGUCCGCGGCGUCCUCCGCAGCAGCCGCUGCCGGUCCCGGAGUGCCGCGCUGCGGGCCGCCAGCCGAGCUCGGCGAGAGGGAGAGAGGGAGGCCGCGAGGGAGGGCGCCCGCCCUUGGCGCCGCGCUGCUGCCGGGCGCCGCUUCCCGCGGAGGACUGCGGCAGACGGAGGGUGUCCGCCGCCCCGCCAUGGCGUCUGCAAGGCAAGUGCUUUGUCUGUGUGCUUUGCUGUGCGUGCCGCGCGUUCGCUGCGAGCCCAUCCGCUACUCCGUAGCCGAGGAGGGGGAGAGCGGCUCCGUGGUGGCCAACGUGGCGGAGGACGCGGGGCUGACGCCGGCGCAGCUGUCGGCUCGCCGGGCACGCAUUGCCUCCGCGGACGGCCGGCAGCAUUUUCGCUUAGAGCGCGCCACCGGCCGCCUCGUCCUGGCGGAGCGGCUCGAUCGCGAGGAGAUGUGCGGCCGCUCGCUUACCUGCACGCUCGCCUUCGAGCUCCUGCUGGAAAACCCGCUGCAGUUCUUUCGUGUCGAGGUGGCCGUGGAGGACGUCAACGACCACUCGCCGGUCUUUCCCGAGGAACGAGUCACUCUUCAGAUCCCGGAAAGGGGAGACCCUGGCUCGCGUUUCCCCGUGGAGGCGGCUCAGGACCUGGACGUUGGCAGCAACAGCCUCCAGGCUUACACCAUCGCUCCCGAGAACGAGUACUUCAGUGUUUCCUUUAAGCAUCCGAGAAAAAAGUUUAUAGAAUUGGUAUUGGAAAAGCCUCUAGACAGGGAGGAGCAGCCUGAGCUGCUUUUCAGUCUCAUUGCCACAGACGGUGGCUCUCCACCUAGGAGCGGGACUGCCCAAAUCCACAUCAUAGUUCUAGAUGUAAAUGACAACGCUCCCACCUUUAGUCAGGACGUUUAUGUUGGUCAGGUUUUGGAAAGUGCCCCAGCAGGCUCUGUGGUUCUCAGAGUUUUAGCCACCGAUCCAGACGUGGGACUGAAUGGUGACAUCUCCUAUACGUUCAGCCAAGCAGUCAGUGAGAGCCAAUUGCCUUUCACAAUUGAUGACACGAGUGGUGAAAUUCGUGUCACAAAGCCCCUGGAUUUUGAGACCACACAGAAAUAUGAGCUCAGUAUGCUGGCAACUGAUGGUGGGGGUCUCUCAGGCAUGUGCAAUGCAGUGGUGGAGGUGAUGGAUGUGAAUGAUAAUGCACCGGAACUGGUGGUCAGUUCCUUCAGCAGCCCCCUCUUCGAGAACACGGAGCCUGGGACAGUGGUAGCAGUAUUUGCUGUGAGGGACCGGGAUUCUGGUGUGAAUGGGGAGAUCAGCUGUGCCCUUGAAGAUCAGGUCUUCUUCUCCCUGAGGCCAGCCUAUAAGAAUUACUAUGAGUUAGUGACAGCGACCACGUUGGAUCGGGAGGAGACAUCUCAGUACCUUGUGGUCAUCACAGCAGCAGACGCAGGUUCUCCUCCUCUCACCACUACCCAGACCUUCACUGUGGACAUUUCCGAUGUCAAUGACAAUGCCCCCGUCUUCAACCAGACAUCAUACACCAUGUAUGUGCGAGAGAACAAUAUCCCUGGAGUGCUUGUUGGGGCUGUCAGUGCAGCGGACUCAGAUGCAGGACCCAAUGCCAAGGUGACCUAUUCCCUGAGGCCUGUGCACCCCUCUAAGCAGGACCCCUGCUCCUGCAUCUCCGUGAACUCAGAGAACGGACAUGUGUUUGUGCUGCGUCCACUGGACUAUGAGCAGGUGAGGCAGCUUGAGGUGCUGGUGAGUGCCACGGAUGCGGGGUCCCCUCCCCUCAGCACCAACGUCACCGUCCGCCUCCUCGUGGUGGACGAGAACGACAAUGCCCCACUGGUGUUGCACCCUGCUCAGGACAGCAGCCCGCCAUCCAGUGAGCUGGUGCCAGCGUCGGCUGAGGUGGGGGACCUGGUCACCAAAGUGGUGGCUGUUGAUGCGGACUCUGGUCAGAACUCGUGGCUUUCCUUCCACCUGCUGAGGGCCACAGACCCCGGGCUGUUUGCUGUGGGUAGCCAAAAUGGGGAGGUGCGUCUGAGGAGGCCAGUGACAGAGAGGGAUGCAGUGAAGCAGAAGCUCGAGGUGCUGGUGCGUGACAAUGGGCGGCCACCUCUGUCGGCCACUGCAGCACUGAACGUACUCCUCCUUAAUGGCCUCUCACAGGAACACCUGCCACAGCAGGAGCUGGCUGUGCAGGAUGAAGACAGCUCCCUGACAAUCUAUUUAAUCGUUUCACUGGUCUUUGUCUCCCUCCUCUUCCUCACAUCUGUCGCAGCCUUUGUUGCUUGCAAGUUGCUCAAGAGAAAGGAUCUUAAAGGAGGGCACGUGCUGUAUGGCAUGGGCAUCUUGCAGAGCAGUCUUGCUGAUGGGGCUGCUGCUGGGACCCUACCCCACACCUAUUGCUACGAGGUCAACCUCACCACGGGGUCGGGCAACAGUGAGUUCAAGUUUCUGAAGCCCAUCCUCCCCAGCCUGCCACCACAGCACUCUGGCACAGGCAGGGGUGUUGCUGACACAGAGGAUUUCCCGCCCAUCCCUAACUCCAUGGGGGAUGCAGCCCUGGACAUCUCUGGUACACCAUCUGUUGGACACUUUAAUGGCCUUCCCUUUAAUUAGGCCUGAGUACACACAGUGGAAAGCUUCAUGCGUUGGAGCUGGAAGGGAUCUGGCUAAAGGUAUUCGGUCUUGUUUCCUGGAGGUUAAAACUGCCUUUGUAAUUUUCUUCACAAGUGAUCCUCUAACACUAAGUAAGAUAUAUGUUUUUCUUCACCCCUCCAAAAAGGUUCGGAAUUAAAUAAUGUAAGAAAACCAAGGCUUUCUGCUCAUGCAAUGAUGUGUUUCAGCUCUGAUACUGAGUUCUCCAAAGUGCUUCAUGAGCAAGGUUUGAUCCUGGCUCUCUGGCUAAAUGCUUGUCAUUAGGAAAAAUCUUGGCAAUCACCCUGUCUUAUUCUGUGCUGAAACACAAUGUUGAGUCUGGGCAGUUUACAGUGCAGUAUAGCCCUCCUCCCUUGUCUGCAGGGAAGAAAGGUGUUAGCCCUGUGUAUCACUGCAGUGCAAGCUCUUCUCUCUUUCUUUGCUGAGUCCUGGAUCUCUCUGUGUGAGGCAUGUUGGCACCAUGCGGUUUUGCAGUGUGUGGUCUUCCACCUCAGUUGUCUUGAACCAUGUAUUUUACUGGGUUGUGCCAUCUCAUCUUCUGCAGGGCACAGCAAAUACAUGCAGAGCCAGACUUUGCAGUGGUCGAUGUUCUUGGGAGUGACUCAAAACUAUAGCACGACUAACAAUUCCAACAGACACUAAUUAUACAUAGCUUUGACCCUGAUCAUUGUGUUUGGGUGGAUUUCAAGGCAUCUUGAUACAUUGCCUCAGAGGAUGUUUGUCUGCAAGGCAGAAGAUAGACUUUUUUGUGUCAUUGUCUUUUUUUGUGUCAUUGUUUUCAUUCUUGCUUGAAGGGGUUCCUCAAUGAAAGGGAAGUGCUAUCAUGGUCUGGUUUUCCAGGUUUUUGUUAGAAUGCUUGCAUCUUGCUUUUUUUCCCUUUCUCCUUUGGCUGUGUAUUUUAACAUUGUCUUACGAAUUCCCCUUAAGAAGGACUGACAUCCAACAUAUAACAAUUGCUCGUUGGAAAGAAGGUGUUCUGGGACUGGAUACAUAAACACCCUUAUGUUCUGUUGUGCUGCAUUAUACACUGUACCAUUUUUAAGCUUGUAUACCCUUGUCUGUAAAAGUGAAAUGAAAUGAAUGCCCGAGUGCCAUUCUGGCAAUAAAAAGGAUGCUGUUGUCCUGGGUCA